GCCAGGCCUCUUCUGCGCCUGCGCGCGACCGGAAAGUUCGCGAAGGUUCCCGAAGCGGAACCGGCCGUUUCCGGAAACAGUAGCUGAAGGAGUCAGAUAGCAGAUUGCGGUUUAAGAGACCCUGCAGCCGCUACUGCGGUCCGGCUUUUCUCAGGUUUUCCGUCGCGGCGGAGAGAGAAAUGUCCUUGCUUUGCUAUAAUAGAGGCUGCGGCCAGCGCUUCGACCCUGAGACCAACACGGAUGAUUCUUGUACAUAUCAUCCAGGAGUUCCAGUUUUUCAUGAUGCUUUAAAGGGUUGGUCUUGCUGUAAGAGAAGAACAACAGAUUUUUCUGAUUUCUUAAGCAUCGUAGGUUGUACAAAGGGUAAGCACAAUGAUGAGAAGCCCCCUGAGCCUGUCAAACCUGAAGUCAAGACUACCUCUGAGAAGAAGGAACUGUCUGAAUUAAAACCUAAAUUUCAAGAACACAUCAUUCAAGCCCCUAAACCAGUAGAAGCAAUAAAAAGACCAAGCCCAGAUGAACCAAUGACAAACUUGGAGUUGAAAAUAGCUGCUUCACUAAAACAAGCACUGGAUAAACUUAAACUGUCAUCUGAGAAUGAAGUAGAUAAAAAGGAUGAUGAUAGUGAUGAAAUUAAGAUUGGGACUUCAUGUAAAAAUGCUGGCUGUGUAAAGACAUACCAGGGUCAACAGAGUAUAGAAGAAGUUUGUAUAUUUCAUUCUGGAGUUCCUAUUUUCCAUGAAGGGAUGAAAUAUUGGAGCUGUUGUAAGAGAAAAACUUCUGAUUUUAAUACAUUUUUAGCCCAAGAAGGAUGUACAACAGGAAAGCACUUGUGGACAAAAAAAGAUGCUGGGAAAAAAGUUGUUCCAUGUAGGCAUGACUGGCAUCAGACAGGAGGUCAAGUUACUAUCUCAGUAUAUGCUAAAAAUUCACUUCCAGAACUUAGUCAUGUAAAGGCCAAUAGUACAGUGUUAAAUAUCCAUAUUGUAUUUGAAGGAGAAAAAGAAUUUCAUCAAAAUGUGAAAUUAUGGGGAGUAAUCGAUGUGAAGAGGAGUUUUGUAAAUAUGACAGCCACGAAGAUUGAAAUCACGAUGAGAAAAGCUGAACCUAUGCAAUGGGCAAGGCUUGAACUACCUUCCCCCAAAAAACAAGAUGAAAAAAAAGAUAAUAUAACAGAUUGAGAACAAGGGAGAUCAGGUGGGAUGGGACAUUAGCUAUUACCUGUUUUGAAGUUCCUAAUACUAUGUGGUGAAGUGGUGACUUGCUAUUGUAAUUAUAUACAUACAUAGACACAUAUAUGAAUGUAUGCACAUAUAUGUUAUUAAUAUGGCAUUCCAGACCUAGUUAAAAAAAAAAAAGAUUUCUAGAAACCAAAAUCUUUUUCUCCUUUUCCUGAAAUCCUUUGGGCUAAAAUGGGAGUGUUCUUGCUAUCUAAAUAUUAAACUUAAAAGAAGUUAAAUUCCUAAGUCAGAAAAAGAUCUCUCCCCAUAACAUCAUUCAUUACUUCUCCUUACUGUCAUAUUAAUGAGAGCAACAGGAAAGGGGCAUUUCAUGUGUUUUCUUAUCUCACUUUCUCUUUUAUUCCAUAUUGCUAUAUUACUAUGGGACAUAAGGGUUUUUAUUAAAUUCUUUUAGGUGUUUGGGUUCCAUAGUUUUAGGUGGGUGGGAGGGGACUGUAAGCAGCAGAAAUUUUUUUUCUUUUUCACAUUUCAAGUUACCUGAGUCACAUAUCACACAUAGGCCAUUAAAUAGGGUGGACCUUUUUUCCUAGAAGUACAUCCUCUGAGGUGAUGAGGGUAGUAAAUUAAAGGGAGCUUGGCUUGUAUGCUGUAUAAUUUAUAAAAAAUAAUAAUUGCAGUUAGCUUCCCUGUAGUAAUUCCAUUUCUUACCAUGCAGUCUGAUUGUUGCUGCUAAGAUUCAUUUUGAGUGGAGGGGAAAGGGUUAACAUACAUUGAAACAUUGAAAUGAUCAAUUGGGUUCUGAUUUACUAUUUUUAUAAAAAUUAUGUUAAAUAACUUUCUCGUGUGGUUUAUUUAAAGAUCUCAAAGCUAUAUUGAUUUGUGUGUGUGUUAUACCUAUAGUUAUUGGUUGACUUGCAUCAUAUGAAUUCACCCAGAUUGGUGAAUUGUACUGGAAACUAUUUUGAAAGAUCUGGGAAUAUUUAGCCUAGAAAAGAGCGUAUUUGAGAGGAAAUGACAUCCGCCUUAAGAUAUUUGAAAGACUAUUAUGUAGAAGAUUGUAGCAGUUUGUUUUUUUCUCUGUGACAGAGGACAGAACUUGGAACCAUUAGGUACAUGUUACAAAAUAGAUCUGCUUAACGUUUUUAAAAAAUUAACCAAUAGAGCUUAUUAAAAAAUUAAAUGAACUGCUCCAUGAGAUGUAAUUUUAUUUCUUAUAAGUAUUAACAGUAAAUGACUGUCAGAGAUGAUAUAGAGGAUUUAUUUCUGCAUAUGAAAUAUUUGGUCAGAUUAGACUGUGACCUCUAUUAUAAAGGUCUCUUUCACCUCUGAAAUUUUAUGUUAAAAGUUUAGGUCCAUUAAACACUGUAUAUAUUGGCAUCAGUUCAAUUCAAAGUGUAAAUAGAUUUGACCGUAAUAAUAAUUACCUAAAUUUUUAAACAGAUUUUUAAUAUGGUAAAAAACUAGGAAGACAACUAAUUUAAUGCAGAAAUAUAGGUUUCCUUUAUAAUUUUUUUGUAUUUCUUUAAUAAAAGUUAGUAUUUGAGGUCUUUUUUGCCUACACUUCAUGAAGACAUGGGCUGUACGAGUUUGUAUAUGUGAUUUGUCUACUGAGAUUUUAAUGCUAAUUAAAAUCAGAUAAUCCAUUAAAUAACAUUUUCCAUCAUAGUGUUAUUCAAGCAUAUUUAGGAAAGGUUUUGCCUGUUACAUACAAAAAACUCAUUCUGGCAGACUUCAAAAUUUGGAGAUGAAUGAUAGUUAUAAGUGCUAAAAUUAAGGCAUUACCAUAAAUUUUUUGCUUCUUUGUUGCUGAUAUUUUUAUCACAGUACAGUUUGGAAAAAUUGGAUUUUUAGCAAAUGUAUGAGUAAUUAACUCAUAUCUCUGAGUGGGCUUCAUAGGAAUAUCUCACAAUAACAGGGCCUUGACUGACAUUCUUGCCAUCAAAGCCAUUAUAACUUGUGAGGUAAGCAAAUUCGAUGUUUGGUUACAAUGUGAGGUGGUGUUUGAGCCAUGUAUACAUGUCACUCACUGUGCAUUAAUGUUGUUCCUGUGGAACUAACUGAAGCCCUUGCAAAGUCAUUUCAUUUUAGCAUAUCACGUUUUCAAAGAACUAGUCAACAGUGGUAGGUAGGAUAUACCUAUGUUGUACUUUUCCUUUACCCUGAGUAAUACUAUUUUGUUAAGUAAUAAAGCUAGGAUUAUAUGCAAAUAUGGUUUUGCUAGUAUCAGUGAUAGGUGCAUAUUCAUGUUCACAAGAUGGUAGAUUUAAAUUGAUAAAAUACAAAUUUAAGAAAUCUGCCAAGCUACAAACAUUUUACCAGGCUUUCUUCAUCACAGAUGAUGAUAGUAGCAGCAAACAUAUGUCUCACUGGGUUAUGUUUUACAGUUUGAAUUUUUUUUUCCCAACUACCCAUUGCUUAGUUUAUGUUUUAGAUUCUGUGCUAACUAGUAAUUUUGAAAUCUUCCUCAGUAUGUAUAGUCAUAAGACCCAGUAGUCCUGAAAUGAGUAUGUGCUAUAACGGCUGCGAAUGAAUUUUUGAAGUUAACAAUAAAUUAUAGCUACACAUCAUGUAUUUUACAGAUUAUUUCUUGCUGUCAAUCAUGGACACAAAAAUCAAAACAGUUUCUAUUCUUUGAAUACUAAAUAAAAUACAGAGUAUGGGAAGUUAUACUAGAUAUAUUUGUUGUCUAAGCAAAUAAUUUACCCUUCAUUGACUUCAGCCAUUAUCCUAAUCUUUUUUUCUAUUUUUUGUCCUUUCUCCAACCCUGCUCUGGUCCUGCUACCUACUCCACCCCAAAAGAAAAUAGAAAGGAAACAUUACUAACUUUACUUCAUCUUUAUUUAAAGUAUUUUAUACUAUAUUGAUCACAGUAAUAGUCUCAAACAAAACAAAGACUAUAUUGAACAUCAGCCUAGAAUUGUAAAGCUUUAUCUAGAAUCAUUUACCAAAAUCACUAUUUUAGGGUAAGUGACUAGAAACUUUUUAUCUUUCAAUUAUUGUAGUUUAAGAAAAAAUAAACUCAGACCUUCCUUAGAAACUUGAUUUCUUUUUGUCUCCACAUCUUUGAUGAAACUUUCAAAUGGAGUUUUCCUGUAAGUUAAAGGCAGUUUUAUCAAAAUGGUUCCUUUUUCUGUAUUGAGUUUGUAAAUAUUUGUAAAAAAAAAAAUGUAAACCAAAAUCAACCUAUUAUAUAUGGCUGUUAAUUAAAUCAUGUAAUUUUAUCAAUUCUAUCUUGUUACUAUUGAAAGACCUGUUUACCUAGCCUGUUCAUAUUUGUUAUAUUUUUAUAGUGGCAUAGAACUGUAACACUGCUCCAAUAUUUAUAUAUUGUGUCUGAGAUUUUAAUUCUCUUUUUUUUGCUAUAAGCCUAUUGGGUUUCAAAGGAUUCCUAAGGGAAAUUUUAAAGGGAAAUCCUUUUUUUCCUGAAGUGAAUGUUUCUGUGGUCUAGUAUCAGUUUGAAGACAUGUAAUGCAUCUUUCUUUUAUUAGAGUCAGUCAUUCUAAUAUUCUAUAGUUUGCUAUUCAAAAUCUUUAACUUAUACCUUUGUAUUUAGGGCAUUUACAUUACCAAGUCACCAUUUCAGCAAUUUCCUGGUUUUAUGUCAGUUGGCACAGCCUUGCAAUAUAUGGCCUAAACUAAUAAAUGCUCUAAAGGUUAAGUAGUUUCUUCCCCCCACCUCCCACCCAAAGAUCAUUUUGAGUGUAAUAGUUUCUGCUUUUUAAAUUUAAUGUUUUAAGUGUCUGGAAUAUAGUUUUGUGAGACCAGUAUCCCACCAUAUAUAGCAAAAGCCAUUUCAAUUACUGGUCUUUUUUAUUUUUAAUUGUGCAUGGUUGUCUAAUUCUCUGUGUUGGAGGGGCAUAGUUCAUGAAGUAUUUUUUCUUUUAAGAUUGUUUUCUAAAGAAUAAGUUAUUUGCUUGUUAACUUUUAGUUUCUCAAUUUGAACCACCAACUUUUACUGUCUGUUUUGAAGCACUAUAAUAAAAAACAUGCUCCUAA